AUGCUUUUUCUUGUUUUCUUUUUUAGAAACCAAGUGCUGGAGAUGUUUGAUCAUGCAUAUAGCAAUUACAUGGAACAUGCGUAUCCAGCUGAUGAACUGAUGCCUCUGACUUGUCGUGGCCGAGUGCGGGGUCAGGAGCCAAGCCGAGGGGACGUGGAUGAUGCCUUGGGAAAGUUUUCCCUGACCUUGAUUGAUACCUUGGACACACUUGUGGUGUUAAAUAAAACCAAAGAGUUUGAAGAGGCUGUAAAAAAAGUAAUAAAGGAUGUUAAUUUAGACAACGACAUAGUUGUAUCUGUCUUUGAAACCAACAUAAGAGUCCUUGGAGGACUCCUUGGUGGGCAUUCAGUGGCAAUUAUGCUGAAGGAGAAAGGUGAAUAUAUGCAGUGGUACAACGGUGAACUUCUGCACAUGGCAAAGGAACUAGGCUAUAAGCUUCUGCCUGCUUUUAACACCACUAGUGGUCUCCCUUAUCCAAGGGUUAACUUAAAGUUUGGUGUGAGACACCCAGAAGCACGAACAGGAACAGAGACCGACACCUGCACGGCCUGUGCAGGCACCUUGAUCCUCGAGUUCGCAGCUCUGAGCCGGUUCACUGGGACCUCCAUAUUUGAGGAAUAUGCACGGAAAGCGCUCGAUUUUAUUUGGGAAAAGAGGCAGCGCAGCAGCAAUUUAGUGGGAGUUACUAUCAACAUUCACACUGGAGACUGGGUCCGCAAAGAUAGUGGAGUUGGAGCUGGAAUAGAUUCAUAUUAUGAAUAUUUAUUAAAAGCUUAUGUCUUGCUGGGAGAUGACAGUUUCCUGGAAAGAUUUAACACGCACUAUGAUGCCAUAAUGAGAUACAUCAGCCAACCACCUCUUCUCCUUGAUGUUCAUAUCCAUAAACCCAUGCUAAAUGCUAGGACCUGGAUGGAUUCUUUGCUAGCUUUCUUCCCUGGAUUGCAGGUGCUGAAGGGUGAUAUUAGACCUGCUAUUGAAACUCAUGAGAUGCUGUAUCAGGUUAUAAAGAAGCAUAACUUCCUUCCAGAGGCUUUCACAACAGACUUCAGAGUUCACUGGGCUCAGCAUCCCUUAAGGCCUGAAUUUGCAGAAAGCACUUACUUCUUGUACAAGGCUACUGGGGACCCUUACUAUCUAGAAGUAGGAAAAACACUGAUUGAAAACUUGAACAAGUAUGCAAGAGUCCCUUGUGGCUUCGCUGCAAUGAAGGAUGUUCGGACAGGAAGUCAUGAAGACAGAAUGGACUCUUUCUUUCUGGCUGAGAUGUUUAAAUAUCUUUAUCUACUGUUUGCUGAUAAGGAAGACAUGAUUUUUGACAUUGAAGAUUACAUCUUCACCACAGAAGCUCAUCUGUUACCACUUUGGCUUUCCACUACAAACCAAACCAUCUCUAAAAAAAAUACAACUACAGAAUACACAGAGCUGGAUGACAGCAACUUUGACUGGACCUGUCCCAACACCCAGAUUCUUUUCCCAAACGACCCCAUGUUUGCUCAGAGUAUUCGUGAACCUCUGAAAAAUGUGGUGGAUAAAAGCUGCCCCAGGGGCAUCUCCAGGGCAGAAGAGAGUUUGGGAAGUGGACCAAAACCACCUUUGAGAGCCAGAGAUUUCAUGGCCAGUAAUCCUGAACACUUGGAGAUACUGAAGAAGAUGGGAGUCAGUUUGAUCCAUCUGAAAGAUGGGAGAGUGCAAUUAGUGCAGCACGCCGUGCAAGCAGCAAGUUCACUGGAUGCUGAAGAUGGGUUACGGUUCAUGCAGGAAAUGAUUGAGCUCUCCAGUCAGCAACAGAAAGAGCAGCAGCUCCCUCCUCGUGCUGUUCAGAUUGUUUCCCAUCCCUUCUUUGGCAGGGUGGUCUUGACUGCUGGGCCAGCACAAUUUGGGAUGGAUUUAUCCAAACACAAAGCAGGGACAAGAGGAUUUGUUGCAACCGUUAAGCCAUAUAAUGGAUGCUCAGAGAUCACUAAUCCUGAGGCAGUGAAAGAGAAAAUUGGUCUGAUGCAAAGAGGCCAGUGUAUGUUUGCUGAAAAGGCACGAAACAUUCAAAAAGCUGGAGCAAUAGGAGGCAUUGUUAUUGAUGACAACGAGGGAAGCAGCAGUGACACAGCUCCUCUCUUCCAAAUGGCGGGUGAUGGAAAGAACACAGAUGACAUCACCAUUCCCAUGCUCUUCCUCUUCAACAAGGAAGGGAACAUCAUCCUCGAUGCAAUCCGGGAGUAUGAGGCUGUGGAGGUGCUUCUUUCUGAUAAAGCAAAAGACAGAGACUUGGAAAUGGAGAAUAUGGACCAGAAGUUAUCUGAAAAUGAUUCACAUAAACAGAAUUCAGAAGAAGCUCCUUCAGCAUCUCAGGAUGUUGCUGCAGUCAGCGAGGAGCCUGAAGAAGGAGAAAACUCUGAUGUUACUGACCCUGAUUCUUUAUCUCCUGCUGACACAGCCAGUGACAGUGUUUCCAUUUCAAAUCAGGAUUCCUUUGUCCCUGAAACUGAAGAGGCUGGUGCUCCAGAGCCAGCAUAUACACAAGGGGAUCACCAGCCUCAGGAACAAACGACUGAGACAGAGUCAAAUUCCAAAGUUAACUGGGACAAUAAAGUCCAACCUAUGGAAUCCAUAUUAGCAGACUGGAACGAAGAUAUAGAAGCAUUUGAGAUGAUGGAAAAGGAUGAGCUAUGACUUGUAAUGAUAACUUAUUUGUUAGUAAAGACAUGGAGAACUCUUUGGGUAGAAGUGAGGCCCUGAUAUCUGAGAAAGAGAAAACAUUCAGUAUUGUAAUGAGCAGCCAGGGUUCACCUGGAAAUUACCACAGAAAUCCAGCACUCGCUCCUUGUUUUGUUUUAAUUUCUCCUGUUUCAAAAUGGGAACGUGCAAUUGAA